GGCAAGGUGACCAAUGAGCGUCUUCCCACAAACCAGGGUCAAAGUUCGAGCGGGCAGUCUAAAAUCCAUCGAAAUUCAGUGCUCUCAACCAAGAAAAAACGUCUACAAUCAAACCACCCGAACUUGUCGUUUCAGUCUCCGCCCAACUCGCGGUUAAAUUGAUUGAUUCUCCUGUUCAUCCCAAAAACGAACUUCACAAAUCUUCAAAAUGUCCACUGCCGAACUCGCUGUCUCUUACGCAGCCCUCAUCCUCGCCGAUGAUGGUGUUGAUAUCACUGUACGCUUUUCCCCAGCUCCUCAAUUGUCCAGUCGCAGACGAUGGCGCAUCUGAAGGCUUUGUGAUUUUGUGAUGAGGACACUAUCUAUGAAAACGCACAUUGCUAACUCUCUCUCCAGGCUGACAAGCUCCUCACCUUGAUCAAGGCCGCCGGUGUCGAAGACGUCGAGCCAAUCUGGACUUCCCUUUUCGCCAAGGUACGAACAGCGCGAUGGAAUUGAAUAGUAACAUUGCUGAUACAUGGAAUUACAGGCUCUCGAGGGUAAGGAUGUCAAGGACCUCCUCUUGAACGUUGGAUCCGGUGGUGGUGCCGCCGCCGCUGGUGCCCCAGCUGCCGGUGGUGCUGGUGGUGAGGCUGCCCCAGAGGCUGCUAAGGAAGAGGAGAAGCCUGAGGGUACGUACAUUUCUCAGAUGAUAAGAAAUUGGAUCGCAUGUGCUAACAAAUUCGACAGACAAGGAAGAGUCAGACGAGGACAUGGGUUUCGGUCUCUUCGAUUAGAGAGUUACUUUCCGGUCUGUUCUUACGAAUGCAUAACCACGAUCAUCUGUUCGCCAAAGUGUUGGGAUGGUCAGGCAGCUUCGAUA